AUGGAGACGCUCAUCAGCCUUACUGGGAAGGACUAUGUCCUGACCGCCUCCGAUAUGACCGCCGCCCGCUCGAUCCUGGUUUUCAAGGUCAACGAGGACAAGACGCGCGAUCUGUCGCCCCACAUCACGAUGGCCUUCUGCGGCGAGUCCGGUGACACCGUUCAGUUUGCCGAGUUUAUUCAGAAGAACAUUCGCCUCUAUGCCAUCCGCAACAACUUCGAGCUUUCGCCCAAGGCCGCGGCCAACUACGUCCGCACCCAGUUGGCCGAGUCCCUCCGCUCUCGCAGCCCAUACGCCGUCAAUGUCCUGAUCGCCGGCUUCGACGAGCACGAGGGCCCCGAGCUCUACUGGCUCGACUACCUCGGUACUCUGUGCAAGAUCCCCUUCGGCGCGCACGGCUUCGCUUCGAACUUUGUCCUCUCCACCCUGGACAACGCCUACCUGCCGGACAUGGACCUCGAGCAGGGCAUCGCCCUGCUGAAGUCCGCCAUCAAGGUGGUCCAGCAGCGCAUGCUCAUCUCCCAGCCCAACUUCCAGAUUAAGCUCGUCAACAAGGAUGGUGUCUCCGUGAUUGACAUCUAA